CCACUAUAAAUUCCUUCAAAAUCUCUCACUUCCCAUACACCCUCAUCACAAAGUUGUAGUGCAUAUUUCCCAUUCUCUUUGCAAAUUCAUUGCAUUCUAUGUCUAGACUCAUGGAACCACUUGCUGUGGGAAGAGUGAUAGGGGAAGUGGUUGACAUUUUCACCCCAAGUGUGAGAAUGAAUGUGACAUAUUCCACCAAGCAAGUUGCUAAUGGCCAUGAGUUAAUGCCUUCUACUAUCGUGGCCAAGCCACGCGUAGAGAUUGGUGGUGAUGACAUGAGGACUGCUUAUACCUUGAUCAUGACAGACCCAGAUGCUCCCAGUCCUAGUGAUCCAUAUCUAAGGGAACAUCUUCACUGGAUGGUUACAGAUAUCCCUGGCACCACAGAUGUCUCUUUUGGAAAAGAGAUUGUGGGCUAUGAGAGUCCAAAGCCAGUGAUAGGAAUCCACAGAUAUGUAUUCAUCCUGUUCAAGCAGAGAGGAAGACAAACAGUGAGACCUCCAUCUUCAAGAGACUAUUUCAACACGAGGAGGUUCUCAGAGGAGAAUGGCCUUGGCCUACCAGUUGCUGCUGUUUACUUCAAUGCUCAAAGAGAGACUGCUGCAAGGAGGAGGUGAUAAUUUCUGAAGACGAAGAAAAAAGGGUUGAAGUAAAUAAACUUAACUUGUUUCAUCCUUAAUUAUCUUAAUGAGAUUUGUUUCCUUUGGUUUUCUUAGGGUUUGGCAUGGUUGAAUAAGGUGUACUGGAUGAAAUCUCUUCCUUUCUUCACUUUUUCUCUUCCUUUUUGUUUUUCCAUUUUCUUUUGGAGUUCCCAAGGGGAGAUAUUCUUGGUGUACUUUGUACUUGUAGCUAUUUUAGGUUAUGAGAAGUUGGGGACCAAACUAGUGUUAUUUUUCUUUUAAGGAUCUAUGAUUUGUGAUAGGAAAGAACAUAGCUUUACCAAAGCUGUGUGGCUUCCUAGUAGGUGUCUGGUGUAAUGGUUUGUGUGAUGAUAUAAUGAGAAGACGGAGAACAUGUUAUAUGCAUAA